UUCUCCACCAUCCUCGUCACUCACCACGAUGUACAUCCCUUCCUGGGCUACACAAGCGCUCGCGCUCCUCAGCGCGCUCUCGCCCGUGACCCGCGCGCCGCAGCGCACCUGGCACCUCCUAGGCCAAGACGGCGACGGCAAGACCUGCUACCUCGCAGUCGACAAGAUCGAGCGCGGCGCGAAGGCUAAGCUCGCGGUAGUGGAUGGCGACGCCCCGCCGGCCGACGACGGCGUGUGGGCCGUGCAGCCCGUCAGCGGCGCGUGGCUCUGGAAGCUCUUCGUGCCGGACACGAACUUGUGUCUGCGCUCACACCUCGCGACGGAGAGCGGGCGGAUCCGCACGGUCGAGUUGGCUGAGUGCGAUGCGACGCUGCCCGGCGCAGCGGAUACGUGGGAACUCGACUGGCUCGAUGAUACGCGCACGCACGCGAGCUUCAUCUUGCUCGACGACACGCGGUUCCGUCUCAGCUUCAAGGACCAUACCGUCGGCGCGGUGCGGCACGUCAAAGGCUGGGAGAAGGACUUUGAGGUGCGCAAGGCGGCGUGGGGAGAUCUGGAGUCGGAGGGGGCGUGAGAGGCGGGCGCAGAGACAAGGCCAGGCGGCCAACGCGGAAUCAAUAUGCAUUGUCCU